UACUCUUCCCAUAGUUUUUGCCUGCUGCCCCUUCCUCUGCCCUCAUAAAAUUUCACCGUUUCCCCCAUUUCCUCUGUAACUACACAAAAAAAACAGAGGAAAAACACAAAAAAAAAAGAAAUCCCUUUCUUAGAAUAUAAAAACAAAGAAAAUGGAAGCUCAGAAGAAUCUGAAAACUUUCUUCUCUGUUUUUGUUUUUCUUUCAUAAAAUGAACUCUCAAUGAUUACCCCGAUUCUUACCCAGAAAAUUUUAUUCUUUCUUUCAUGGCUGCUUCAAGCCUUUCACCAGAGCCAAGUCAAGAAGUGUUUUCCUGGCUGAAAUCUCUGCCUUUAGCUCCAGAGUACCGGCCUACUUUGGCAGAGUUUCAAGAUCCAAUUGCCUACAUUUUCAAGAUCGAAAAAGAGGCUUCCCAGUAUGGAAUCUGCAAAAUCAUACCUCCAGUGCCUCCUGCUCCUAAAAAGACAGCAAUUGGGAACCUCAAUCGCUCCCUUUUGGCUCGUGCCGCAGCUAAUACUAGCUCCGAUUCGAAGCCGGCACCCACAUUCACUACCCGCCAACAGCAGAUCGGGUUUUGCCCCAGAAAACCACGGCCCGUUCAGAAACCCGUCUGGCAGAGUGGGGAGUACUACACUUUCCAAGAAUUCGAAGCAAAAGCGAAGAAUUUCGAAAGGGGUUACUUGAAAAGAUACAGCAGAAAGGGUUCCCUUUCAGCUUUGGAAGUCGAAACCCUUUUUUGGAAAGCGACGGUUGACAAACCCUUUUCCGUUGAGUACGCUAACGACAUGCCUGGUUCAGCUUUUGUGCCUCUGAGCUCAAAGAAGAGCAGUGGUGGAGGGAGAGAAGCAGGGGAAGGAGUUACGGUUGGGGAGACACCGUGGAAUAUGAGGGCAGUCUCGAGGGCAAAAGGGUCAUUGUUAAGGUUCAUGAAGGACGAGAUUCCGGGUGUUACUUCCCCUAUGGUGUACAUUGCAAUGUUGUUCAGUUGGUUCGCUUGGCAUGUAGAGGAUCACGACUUGCAUAGCUUGAAUUAUUUGCAUAUGGGAGCAGGGAAGACAUGGUACGGUGUUCCAAGGGAUGCCGCGGUUGCUUUCGAGGAGGUGGUCAGGCUUGAUGGCUAUGGAGGAGAGUUCAAUCCUCUUGUUACCUUUUCCACUCUUGGUGAGAAGACCACAGUGAUGUCUCCUGAAGUAUUUGUUCAUGCUGGGAUUCCAUGCUGCAGGUUAGUGCAAAAUGCUGGGGAGUUUGUUGUCACUUUUCCAAGAGCCUAUCAUUCAGGGUUCAGUCAUGGAUUUAAUUUUGGAGAGGCAGCUAAUAUUGCAACACCAGAAUGGUUGAGAGUGGCCAGAGAUGCUGCUAUUCGAAGAGCUUCAAUUAAUUACCCUCCGAUGGUCUCUCAUUUCCAGUUACUCUAUGAUCUUGCACUUGAGUUAUGUUCAAGGGUACCUAUGAGCAUCAAUGCUAAACCAAAGAGUUCUCGACUAAAGGAUAAGAAAAAAAGUGAAGGAGAAACCUUGGUUAAAGAAUUAUUUGUGCAGAACCUUAUGCAGAACAAUGAACUACUUCAUAUUCUUGGAAAAGGAUCUUCAGUGGUACUACUCCCCAAAAGUUCUUCUGAUAUUUCUCCUUGUUCAGAUUUACGUGUUGCAUCCCAAUUAAGAAUAAACCCUAGGAUGUCACGUGGCUUAUGCAACUACAAAGAUGUUGUGAAAUUAUCCAAAGACUUAGCUUCUGAUGAGAUCAUGGUAGGUGGGAAUGAAGAAAUCAAGGGAGUAAAAGGUUUCUAUUCAGUGAAAGGAAAAUUUGCUUCAAUGUAUGAGGGUAACCGGGAUUCUGCUUUUAAUGGAACUGAUCAUUUGUGUAGACUGCCGUUGCAGACCUUGAACAUGAGCGCAGAAGGAGAAAAUGCUGUUCAAGGUGAUGCAUUGUCAGAUCAGGGACUGUUUUCAUGCGUCACAUGUGGAAUAUUGUGCUUUUCUUGCAUUGCUGUUCUUCAACCAACUGAACAAGCGGCUAGAUACCUCAUGUCAGCUGAUUGUAGCUUUUUUAAUGAUUGGACUGUUGGUUCUGGAGUAACUCGUGAUGGGUUCACCACUACUCAUGGGGAUGUAAUUACUUCUGAGCAAAAUUCCUGUACAAGGUGGAUGAACAAAAGAGCUCCAAAUGCUUUAUAUGAUGUCCCUGUUCAGUCUGUUGAGGACAAGUUUCAUAUGGCAGAUCAAAGUAACCAAGUGGUGGAAGAUACUGAAAAAGGGGGAGAUACUUCUGCUCUUGGUCUAUUAGCUUCCACAUAUGGAAAUUCAUCUGAUUCUGAAGAAGAUCAUGUUGAACCAAAUGUUACUGUCUCUGGUGAUGAGACAAAUUCAGCAAACCGUUCAUUAGAAAGGAAAUUUCAGUAUAAUGGUUCUGGUUUCUCUCCUGGUGAUGCAAAUGGGAGUAAUAAUCCCUCAUUAUUAAGGCUUGAAUCUGAGGAAGAAGCUCCUGUGCAUGUUGACAUCAAGUCUACGAGCCCUCAAGCAUUUGACCACACUGUUGAGUUUGAAACUGAUAAUCUUGCUUCAAGAAGAUCAAUCGGUUUGGAGGAUAAAUUUAGAGAUCCAAUCACAACAUCACAUGCUAAUCCAAGUUACUCCCCGGCCACUCAUGGCGCAGAGAAAAUGAGGUUUAGCAAGACCAUGGUACCAAUGGAGAAUGCGGAUAUUCCAUUUGCUCCGAGGUCUGAUGAAGAUUCUUCUCGAAUGCAUGUCUUCUGUCUUGAGCAUGCUGUAGAAGUAGACCAGCAACUUCGUCAAAUAGGAGGAGUGCAUGUAUUUCUCCUUUGUCAUCCAGAGUAUCCCAAGAUAGAAGCAGAAGCAAAGUUGGUGACCGAAGAACUAGGAAUUGAUUAUCCCUGGAAUGACAUUUUAUUUGGGGAUGCUACUAAGGAGGAUGAGGAGAGGAUCCAGUCAGCUCUUGAUAGUGAGGAUGCUAUACCUGGGAACGGAGACUGGGCUGUAAAGUUGGGUGUCAACCUAUUUUAUAGUGCCAAUCUCAGCCGCUCUACCCUGUACAGUAAACAGAUGCCAUACAAUUAUGUUAUAUACAGUGCAUUUGGCCGUAACUCUCCUGGUAGCUCACCCACAAAAUUGAAUGUGUAUGGGAGGAGGUCUGGCAAGCAGAAAAAAGUGGUGGCAGGAAAAUGGUGUGGUAAAGUUUGGAUGUCAAAUCAGGUUCAUCCAUUUUUGGCACAAAGGGAUCCUGAGGAACAAGAACAAGAAAGAGGCUUUCAUGCUUGGGCAACUUCAGAUGAAAAUCUUGAGAGAAAACCAGAAAAUGUUCACAAAGCUGAAACAACCAAGGUGGCUAAAAAGUUUAAUAGAAAGAGAAAAAUGAGGCCUGAGAUUGCAUCAAGCAAGAAAGUGAAAUGCAUUGAGACAGAGGGUGCAGUUUCAGAUGAUUCAUUGGAUGGUGGUUCUCUUAGGCAGCAACAGAUUUUUUUUAGAGGCAAGCAGCCUAGACUGAUUCAGAAAGAAGAGGCAAUUUCAUAUGAUUUGCUUGAGGAUGAUUCUCUUCUGCAGCAAAGGAAUCUCUCCAGGAAAAAAUUGGCAAAAUUUAUUGAAAGAGAAGGUGCUGAAUCAGAAGAUGCAGAAGAGGAAUUUACUCAUCAGCAGCAUUGGAGGAAUCUCAGAGGCAAGCAAGGCAAAUAUAUUGAAGAAGAUGAUGCAGUUUCGGGUGAUUCACUUGAUGAAAGUUCUCUUAAGCAGUAUAGGAGGAUUCCUCGAAGUUGGCAGGCCAAAUUUAGGGAGAGAGAAGAUAUUGUAUCAGAGGAUGAACUAGAGGAAAUUUCUCAUCGGCUGCAUAGGAGGAUUCCUAGAUGCAGGCAAAUCAAGUCAUGUGAGAAGAAUGAUGCUAUAUCAGAUGAUUCACGAGCAGAUAAUUCUCUUAAGCAGUAUAGAAGAAUGCCUAAAGGCAGGCAAGCAAACUUUGUUGAGAGAGAUGAUACAAUGUCAGAUGAUGCAUCAGAAGAUGAUUCUCAACAUCAGCUUAGGAGGAUUCCUAAAGGCAAGCAAAUGAAGUGCAUGGAAAGAGAUGAUGCAUUUUCAGAUGAUUCACUUGAGGAUAAUCUUCAACAGCAGCAUAGGAUUCCUAGAAGCAAAGUGGCCAAGUUUACUGAUAGAGAAGAUGUAGUUUCCUUUGAUUCAUUGAAGGGUAGUUCUCAUCAACAGCGUAGGAGGGUUUCUAGAAGCCAGCUAACCAAGUUUAUUGAGAGGGAAGAUGCGGUUUCGUCUGAUUCUCCAGAUGAUAGUUCUCUUCAGCAGCUUAGGAGGAUUCCGAGAAGUAAGCAAACCAAGAUUCUUGAGAGGGAAGAUGCAGUUUCAGAUGAUUCACUGGAUGAUACUUCUCAGCAGCGGCUUAGAAAGACUCCUAGAAGCAGACAAGGGAAAUUUAUUGAGAGGGAAGAUGCAGUUUCAUAUGAUUCGUUGGAUGAGAAUUAUCACCAACCAAAUAGGAGGACUCUUAGAAGCAGAAAGAAGAAAGCCCAGACACCGCGGCAAAUAAAACAAGAAACCCCUCGGAAUGUUAAACAAGGGAAACGUCGGACAACAAAACAAGUAGUCUCUCAGCAAAUAAAACAAGAGACUCCUCGGAAUCGGAACACCAAAAUUGAGCAAAGUGCUAGACAGUGCAAUUCAUAUGGUGAAGAUGAGCUAGAAGGUGGACCCAGCACACGCCUUAGGAAAAGAGUCCGAAAGCCUCUGAAAGAGUCAGAAACAAAACCAAAAGAGAAGAAGCAGGCCAGUAAGAAGAAAGUGAAGAAUGCUUCAAAUGUGAAAACUCUAGCUGGUCACAAUACUUCAAAAGUAAGGGAUGAGGAAGCAGAAUACCAGUGUGACAUGGAAGGAUGCACCAUGAGUUUUGGCUUGAAACAAGAGCUGCUCCUGCACAAAAGAAACAUUUGUCCGGUCAAGGGGUGUGGGAAGAAGUUCUUCUCACACAAGUAUCUGGUGCAGCAUCGCCGAGUUCAUUUGGAUGACCGACCUCUUAAAUGCCCUUGGAAGGGCUGCAAGAUGACAUUCAAGUGGGCAUGGGCCCGAACAGAACACAUUAGGGUUCACACAGGUGCUCGUCCUUACGUGUGUGCAGAAGAAGGCUGUGGGCAGACAUUUCGUUUUGUGUCAGAUUUCAGUCGUCACAAACGAAAGACUGGUCAUUCAGCAAAGAAAGGUAGGGGAUAAUUUGAAGGAAGAAAAGUGUAAUUUAACAUUUCUAAUGAACCUGUUGUUCAAUUGGCAGGGUAGGCUAGGUUCAACGAAAGGAUUAGAAUUUCCCCAUUGUUGUCAUUCAGGAAACUGUUAAUCAUGUUUUGUCCUGGGGUUUCCAUUGUGCCCAUUCAUUUACCGUAAUCAGAGCAAUUGCUUGGAUAUUGAAUCAGAUUCCUGCCUUA